CUCACUGAAUAUCCGUAAGAUGCGUCACGAACUCUGCCAACACAUGAUCGCCGUCAUCGAAUUCAUGAUUUCCAAUGUUGAAGACGUCAUAGCAAACUUCGUGCAUCAUAUCGACAUCGGCAUGAACACCAAACAAUCGAUACAUCCCUGUACCGGUGAGUGCAUCGCCGGCAUGCAACUUGAGCACAUUGGUGUAGGUAUUCUUGAGCCUACGAAAGGUCCGUACAAGACGAGGGUAUCCACCGUAGCGGACGCGUCGAGCAUCAUCUGUCACGUUGGGCAGAUCUUCCUGGGGGAUGGUGAAUAUUUCUUCCUCUAAAUGGGAAUGAUGAUCAUUGGCGUGGAGCAAAUGUAGGAUGAAGUUGUCAUUUGUUGUCGUAGUGGGCACUGGCGGCAGGAACUCUUCCGCCACUACCAUCCUUUUUGGCAGCAGAAAGGACAGGACCAGCACUGCUCGGUAGAGCAACAAACAAGAGGAAGCUCGCAUCGUGGCACCGUGGCUUGUGAAUGAAUAGUAGGGUAGCAACGAAAAUGAACGGGCGCCUGUUCUGUUCGAACUCGGAUCCUCGUUACGAUUUCAGGUUUUCUCCUGAUUGUUGACGUUGCUGAUGCUGGAAUCCUCUCGUUGCGGUUUCGACUGUGAUAUCAUUGUUCUUGAAUCAUGACGAACGUUCAGCUUUCAAAUGACAAUGAUGAAUGUGUUUGCUCUCUUUGUUGGUGAGGAUCGUUGCUUCUUUUCACACAACACACAACGACGACUUUUGGAAUCGUUCCACGCUGCCGUAAGAUGUGGAAAACGUUCGAUGCCACCGGAAUGAUGUUCGAGCCAAAGAGACAGUCAAGCCAGCCCAAGCCACAUGAUGGUAUUUAGGUAACGUCAUAUAUGAUACUUAGACAAAGAGAUUCUCAUUCAUGCAAAACUUUAAUACUUAAGUCGCCCUCGCUUGUUGCAUCCGGAGUGCUCGCUGGUGGCGAUCAUGUGCAAAAGAUCCCAUUAUCGCUUCAUUCCGUCUUCUUCGAAUGUGCAACCUUAGCUUCAGCCGCGGUCGAUGGGUAGCUAGAGGAAAUCGGAAGAAAUCCCGUGUAUGUAUCGAGAUUGUUCUAUCUUGUUGCUAAAGCCCAUGACAAUAUACCGGUAAAUCAUUAGCUAGACAGAUAGCAAAGGUGCGACGACCAUGGACCCCAUCGAAGCAUGCUUGGCGUAUGACGACGAAGGACCCCAGGAACGUAAAAGGCAACGAAUUGCGUUGGUGGCUCCAGCCUCGAGACAACAUGUCCAGGAAGAAAAGAAAGAUGACGAAUCUCCAGGAGAACACAUAUGCUUUCUACAUUCGAUUUUGGGAGCACCGCCGUCGUCCAUUCAGCUAUUCCAUCAUCCGACGGUACCAUCCCGCGUUGUCCAACAAAAACGCGAAUGCGCAGUGACGUGCUUUCGAUAUCUGCUACGAAACUGGCUAUCGCAAGAGAACGAAACAGCAACUGGUUACUGGGACAGUGAGCAAUGGAAAGAGCUGCAUGGUUUCCUGACUCUGCACCUGAACAGUCUGUUUUUGGACGGAUUCGUUACAGAUACGCCCACCACUACGGAUUACGAUUCUGGUAACACGGACAAGCUGGAAAUGGUCACGUUGCUCUGCCAGUGUCUGCAACAAAUUUACGUCAAGUCAAUCCAUAAAGCAAUCUACACUACGGAGGAAUUACAAGUGGUACUGGAUGUUCUUGUGCAAAAUGUUGCUCCGGCCCUCGUCACAAGUUAUUAUGGUGGCCCAGACAAGAAGAAUCGGAACUACGAACCUCAGAAAGACGAGCUGGUCUUGGUUCUACUCGACAUCUUUCGAAUCUUUGUGUUGACGCAACAGCAACACCACGAUCAAUCGCUGCUUUCGUGUGAGCAGACUUGUCAAGUGCUGGACGAGUUUCUCCGGUGUCUCGGCAACCACAACAACACGCCUGAGAGUGUAUGUCAGAAAUGCUCCCAACUACAACAGCAGCUCAAUCUUCUUCUCUGUAGUGCCACCAACAGCGAGAUGGCAACGCUUGGAGGCAACGAAAUGGACCUCAAGGACGGAGAGACACCCUGGCAAACGAUGAGGCGCUGGAGACGCUUGGCGCAGACCAAUCAAGAGGUUGCCACUCGAAUGUCUCAGAACACAAGCGUACUGGAUCAACUGGUCGACUGGGCGUUGACGAAGAACAAGUCCAAGUCGACUGCGGCUCUAUACGACGAUAUUGAUGUAGCCUGUGAAGCAGCCGAAUGUCUUUCCAUCCUUGCUACCAACCGAAGUGCAGGAGCAAAAAAAUCCUCGGCAGAUUCUGUCGACUGGACACUCUCUUCUCUUCUCAAGGUGCUGGUGGGCAACCCACGUACUAAUAGUGGUGCGGACCAUCUGCCCGUCAAACAGGCCGCACUGGUCGGUCUCAGACAUUGCCAACUCGCAUCCGUUCCUUGGCAAAAUCAAGCCUUUCUGGCCUGCGUAGUUUCUUCACUCAUGUUGAUUAUCAAGACCCCACGAGAAUGGCCCGAGUAUUACCGCUCCAACAGCAGCAGUAUGACACAGAGUCAUGAUUACAAAGUGGAUGCAGCUGCUAUGUUGCUUGAUAUCAUUGAACAAAACCAAACGCCAAUCCCAGCAGAAGAUCAUGCUGGUGGAACCAUCGCGGUACUCCCUUACCAACAAGCCAUGGGCCAUGUCGGUGAACUGCUCCUAAUGUACGACGAAUCAUCCCUUCAACAACUCGCCGUUCAGUAUUUGGCUCGGGAAGCCAAGGCCAAUGGAGCUCGCCUUGUCCUGGGGUAUCCGACAUUGCUCAAUGACUUGGGAGCGCUCUGCUGCGACGGAUUAACUGCGGGAGACAUCAAGCACACUGUGGUUGAAAUUUUGAACGCUCUUUCUCGUAGCCAUGCGGCCAGCCUCACAAUCCUGGCCCGACAAGUCAAAGUCUUGGACGCUUUGGUGGCCAUAGUCUCGGGGCAGCAACACAACAACACCAACAAUAUGCGCACGCAAGAGUUGGCUCUCGCAGUAUUGGUGCGCUUGUCACAAGAUGUGUCCAACCGGCGCAUUGUUGCCACCCACGUGGGAGUGCUCUCUUGUUUGAUUCGCUAUGCCAGGGCUCAUUCUAAUACCAUGGUUGCACAGCCACUUGACAAUCAUCAUCACCAUAACUUCAACAUCUCCAGCGGCGUCUCUCUCAAUCAUUUGAAAGAACGAAUCAUGGAGCUCACCGUGGCAAUCUAGUGAUCAACGGGUCAUGAAGUGUCAUGGAAGAAGGCGACCAUCAACAGAAAAAAGAUCUCGCUGUUGCGGCGCCCAGCACACCUCAAGGAGAUCUUACAUAUAUUCAUAACUUCAAACAGGACACCCAAGUCCAUACCGACUCAGUCAAUUCAAAAUUCAUAACAAACCUAACCUACCAACUGACACGAUGAUCAUUUCACGGACAAACAACACAAUUCAUAUUUCAUAACAAAAUAUCACUUUAUUAAUUCAUAACAUGUUAAAAUUUAAAAGCACAAAAA